UACUAACGUUCGUACUAACGUUAACACUAAAGUUCGUACUAACGUUAAUACUAAAGUUCGUACUAACCUUAAUACUAACGUCUUUACUAAUGUUAAUAUUAACGUUCGUACUAACAUUAAAACUAACGUUCGUACCAACAUUAAUACUAACGUUCGUACUAACAUGAAUACUAACGUUCGUACUAACGUUAAUACAAACAGCGUAAAAGGGUAG